CCCGCCCCGGUUGCCAUGGCGGCCGGACCUGCCCAACUGGAAGUGAGUUGUCAGUGUCGCCGUGGCCAACCCGGAAGUGCAGUGUUGCCGGGAGACAUGGCGCUGCCUGCUGGGGCCGGAGCAACCGAGACCGACCCGGACGUCAAGCCGCUGCCCGAGGGAAUGGGGGAGCCCGCCGCCUUGGCCAGUAGGGCAGCCGGGGGGGAGCGGGGGAACCGGCGCCUGAAGUACGUGAGUUUGGCCGUGUUGGUCGUACAAAACGCGUCUCUGAUCCUGAGCAUCCGAUAUGCCCGGACCCUGCCCGGCGAGCGCUUCUUCUCCACCACCGCCGUCGUCAUGGCCGAGAUCCUGAAGGGCAUCACUUGCCUGGCACUCAUGCUGGUGCAGAGGAGAGGUAACGUGAAGGAGCUGGGGCUGUUCCUGUAUGAUGCCAUCGUGGUGCAGUACAUGGAUACCCUCAAGCUGGCGGUGCCCUCGCUCAUAUACACCCUCCAGAACAACCUGCAGUACGUGGCCAUCUCCAACCUCCCCGCCGCCACCUUCCAGGUGACCUAUCAGCUGAAGAUCCUGACGACGGCGCUGUUCUCGGUGCUGCUCCUGAGGAAGAGCCUGAGUCGCUUACAGUGGGGGUCGCUGGUGCUGCUGUUUGGGGGCGUGGCUAUCGUUCAGGCGGAACAGUCGGGGGGCAAGGAGACCGUGGGGGGCGGGGGGCAGAGCUACGGGGUGGGGCUGGUUGCCGUGGCGGUUUCCUGUCUCUCCUCGGGAUUCGCCGGAGUUUACUUUGAGCGGAUCCUGAAGGGCAGUUCUGCGUCCGUUUGGCUCCGGAACGUCCAGCUGGGAAUCUUCGGCACGGCGCUGGGGCUACUGGCCAUGUGGCAACAAGACGGGGCGGCGGUGGCGCAACACGGCUUCUUUCACGGCUACACGCCGCUGGUGUGGGGGGUGAUCUUUAACCAGGCCUUCGGCGGCCUCCUGGUGGCGGUGGUGGUGAAAUACGCCGACAACAUCCUGAAGGGCUUUGCCACCUCCCUGUCCAUCGUGGUGUCGACCGCGGCCUCCGUCCAUCUCUUCGGUUUCCACGUGGACAUCCCCUUUGCGCUGGGCGCGGCGCUGGUGAUUGGUGCCGUCUAUCUGUACAGCCUCCCCCGGAAACCCGACUCCGCCUCCUCCUGCGCCGCCCAGACCUCCGCUCAAACGAACACCUUCCUGCCAAAGUCAGUGCUCACCAAGUGACCUCUGGGCCCCCCAAUACCGACUCACUGGGCUGUCAUGGGAGGUGGGCAAGUUACUGGGGGGGGCUUCUGGUUCCGCUGCUGCUCCCACCCUCUGAUAAUACCCCCCCCCCCCCCCCACUCUCCAGCUCCUACUAACUUGGUCCGGAACCGCGGUGCCACUAGUGCCCCCCACAGACUGGAUCCCUAUGUUCUGCUAUUGGGGGGUGGGAACGGCACAGGUGGCCUCGGGGGGGGAGGGCGCCCCCUUAUAUAUUUGUAUAAAGAGUUGUACAUAGAAUGAAUUCAUUGGGUGUAUUUCAUAUGGACAGACCCGCCCCCACAGAGA